AUGGCGUUCAAGAGAUGGUAUCGCAACAGAAGGGUCCUUGGAAAACAAAAAUGCAAAUGUGGAAGGAAAUCGAACGUGGAAGGUACUGUCGACGCAGGAUUGUGGUUAUGGCAAAACGCCCAGAGCGUGCCCAUGCUCCAGACCUCUGGGUCUCCCGAAAUCGCGAUCACUGAAGCCAGCCCUUUCUUCCUGCCCGAUCGAGAAGUCCGGCGCCAGGGCUCAGGGACCCAACCACACCGAGCGUAUCUCCGUGUCUUGCCGGCUACGAGAACACCUUCGAGCUGCUACCUUUUGGUUAUACGCUGGUCACUUCGCCCUUCGGACUCGGCGCGCGCGGCGCUGCCGUACGGGCACAUGACGCUCUGCACGCCUUCGGAUGCCGGUGGAUACCAUGGGUUGUGCAAGCACUCGAGAGCUCUGAUGGACGCACGAGCACUUGAUAUUCAAAGGGGGAUCGAGGGGCCGGGAUCUUCUGCGUCUUGCGGGGGACUGAUCCUUUUGAUUGGCGUAGGCGCCACGACUGUUGGCGGCGCGAGUGAACAGAUCUGUUGCAACACACACGCCGGCACUGUGUUUCAAGGUAUACAUGGGAUUCAGGAUGAUGAUCGGGACCGUGUGCUGCACACGCUGAAACAUGUCAUGAGCACUGAUCUCGGAUGCAGACCCACACCGUUACUACGGCCGUUGAUCCAAUAUACUCGACUUGGAAGGUGGCAAGGAAUUUCAACGUCUGGCAAGGGAAGCUGUGAAGAUGAUCGAUAUAUAUUACUCCUGAUCUACAAUGGAACCUACCCUGACCGAGUCAAAUGGAGCAAAGGGCAUAUGGUAAUGGGAAUCAUCAACAGAUCGAGCGGGGAUGCGAUAGCAUAA